CUCUGCCACUUGCCAAGAUGGAGAGCGUCGGGCGACGGGUCUGGGCCUGCCACGGCGACGGCUGGCAGCUCGCGUCGGUCCUCGCGCCCGAGGCCGACGGCGCCGUCCUUGUGCAGCUACCGACGGGCGUGGCCAAGGUCCAAACGGCGGCCAUCCACCCGUGCAACCCGGACGACCAGCGGCUCAACGGCGUCGACGACCUCACCGCGCUUGUGCACCUGCACGAGCCUGCGAUCCUCAACACGCUGCAAGUGCGCUUCCAGAAGAAGCUCAUCUACACGAGCACGGGCGCGAUCCUUGUGGCCAUCAACCCGUUCGCGGCGCUGCCAGCGCUGUACGCCGACGAGGCCAAGAAGCGCUACAUGGAGCAUGCGAGUAGCGACGACGUUCUACCACCGCACGUCUACUCGAUCGCCGACAAGACAUUCCGCGCCAUCACGUCUACCUCGUCGUCGUGCAGCAACCAGAGCAUCCUUGUCAGCGGAGAGUCGGGCGCGGGCAAGACCGAGACGACCAAGAUCAUCAUGAACUACCUCGCGUCUGUCUCGAGCGUCAACCCGCAGGACGCAGCGAAUGAGAAGGACAACGUCCGCGACCGCAUCCUCGAGUCCAACCCGAUCCUCGAAGCCUUUGGCAACGCCCGGACCAACCGCAACAACAACUCGUCGCGCUUUGGCAAGUUUAUUCGCCUCGGCUUUGACCGCAGCGGGUCGCUUCUUGGCGCGUCCAUCUCGACGUACCUCCUCGAGCGCGUCCGGCUCGUCUCGCAGGCAAUCGGCGAGCGCAACUACCACAUCUUUUACGAGCUCUUACGUGGCGCAACGCCCGACGAGCUCGUCGCGCUGAGUCUCUCGCCGUCGAUCGAGCACUACGCAUACCUCAACCAGACGCAGUGCGUGGACCGUCGCGACGGCGUCGACGACAAGGCGCAGUUUGCGCUCACGCGGACGGCCAUGACGACCGUCGGGCUCACGCAAGUCGAGCAGUCGAGCGUCUUUACGCUGCUCGCCGCCAUCCUGCACCUCGGCAACCUCAAGUUUGCGCGCAAGGGGGUGGACGGCGCGACCUUUGCUGACAGCAGCCAGGGCCACGUGCGCACCGUCUGCACGCUCCUCGGGCUCGUCGCGUCGGACCUCGAGUCGGCGCUCUGCACGCGCGAGAUCAUUGCGGGUUUUGAGCCCGUGCGCAUGAACCUCUCGGUCGAGACUGCCAGCAUGAUGCGGGACGUCCUCGCCAAGACGAUCUACGCGCGCGUCUUUGACUGGCUCGUCGACCGCAUCAACGUCUCGAUCGCGUACUCGAGCAGCGGCAGCGAAGGCAGCAGUGGCGGCAGUGCCUACCCGACGAUCGGGAUCGUCGAUAUCUUUGGGUUUGAGAUCUUUACGACCAACUCGCUCGAGCAGCUCUGCAUCAACUACGCCAACGAGAAGCUCCAGCAGCUCUUCGCCCGCUUUGUGUUUGAGAUGGAGCAGAAGGAGUACGUCAAGGAGGCGAUUCCGUGGACGUUUGUGUCGUACCCCAACAACGACGCCGUCGUCGCGCUCUUUGAAGGCCGGCCGAACGGCAUCUUCUGUCUCCUCGACGAGCAGUCGCGGCUCUCCAAGGGCAACGACCGGACGCUCGCGGCCAAGUACUAUGCGAGCUUUGCCAAGCACGCGCCGUUCUCAGCCUCGAAGCUCGAGCAAGGCCUGAGCUGCUUCUCGAUCCAGCACUACGCGGGGCGUGUGCAGUACGCGACCAAGGGCUUUUGCGACAAGAAUAAGGACCACGUGCCCGACGAAGCGCUCGUGGCACUGACAACGUCGAGCAACAUCUUUGUGGCCGACCUCUUUGAAGACUGGGAGUACGCCUCCAAUCGCGGUGACCACGACGACGUCCAGCGCCACUCGACACCCGACUUGCAUCAUGUGAGCGCGACGGCCAAGCUGCCGGCGCGGUCGUCGUUCUCGAGCCAGCCGUCGCUGUCGCCGACGCGCAAGCUCAGCCACCGGAGCUCGUCCGUGCUGGCGUCCACCGUCUCGCUCAAGUUCAAAGUGCAGCUGUCGUCGCUCCUCGCGACCUUGUCGGCCUCGGUGCCGCACUUCGUCCGAUGCAUCAAGCCCAACGACGCGAUGCAAGGCCACCUCUUCGACAAGACCCGGGUGCUCGAACAACUGCGCUGCUCGGGCCUCGUCGAGACGACGAAAAUCUCGCGCAUGGGCCUGCCGAUCCGCAUGGCGUUUCCGUCCUUUCUGGAGCACUACCAGUGCCUGUACCCGCGCCUGCGCAGCGUGAGCCGGCUCGUCCCCGCGCUCCACGCGUCGAUUGACGCGCCGUUCUACAUUGGCAAGACCAAGAUGUUUCUGAGCCACGACGCGUUCGAGCAGCUCCAAGCGGCGGUGGCGACCACGCGGGCGGCGGCGGCGACAGUGCUGCAGGCCACUGCGCGGCAACACCUCGCGAUGCACAAGUAUAAGCGUCUCCGCGCGAAAACGAUCGUCGUGCAGGCCAUCGUGCGCGGCUUCUUGAGCGCGCGUCGCUUCCACAAGCAGCGCGACGCUGCAGUGCGGCUGCAGCGCCACUGGCGGCAGCUCGUCCACUACCGCGCCUUCCUCCACAACGCCGAGCGCAUGCAGCGGGCGUGGAACAUUCUGCUGCGCUGGAAGGACGUCGUUGCGUACAACCACCGGUGCGCCGCGGCCCGCGAUAGGCGUCUGCGUACGUAUAUCCAUACGUGGCGCGCGGCCAAGGCGGCGGCGCUCGCCCGUGCCCUUGCCGCUGUACGUCACUGGCAGCGGUUCGUGGACCAGCGGCACCGCUACCGUGGGGUCCGCGUCGACGUCGUUCGGCAGUUUGUCCGCGCCUGCCGCACCCGUCGCGCGCGGCGAGCGUCCGUGGUCACUCAGUGGCGUGGUGUUGUGACGGCCAACGUCCGCCGACGAACCCAUCUCGUGCGUCGGUUUGUUCAGCAGCACCGCGACGCCAAGGCGGCGAUCGAGGCCCAGGCGCGCACGUGGAGCCUCGACCUCCUCGAGGAGGUCACGACCCGUGAAAACACGGCGCAGCCCGACGCUGAGCUCGACCACAGCAGCGACGACGACGAGGAUGUCCCCGCCGUCGUUCUUGGCCUCUCGUCGGCGUCAUCCAUCGGGCGUCGGCGGUCGUCGUCGGCCAGCCGGGUCUCGUCCCAGUACACGCUUCGCUGGGAGCGCGGUGUGCUGGGUCUCUCGUUUGACCUUGCGUCGGGUGUACCGGUGGUGUGCCGCAAGCACGACGCGCUCAGCGACUGCUCGGGCCUUUCAGACGUGACGAAAGGCGACCAGCUCCUCGCGAUCGGAGAGCUCGUGCUGUGCGCCGACGCCGACGACCUCGACCUUGCGUCCGUCCUCUCGGAGAUGGCGCCGCCGAUCUCGCUCCGCUUUGGGCGCGGCCCGGUGCGCGCGCGGGCGUCGUCGGCCUGCUCGUGCUCGAGCUCGCCCGACACGAUUACGAUCGGUGCGACGCCGAUCCUCGACGACGAGACGAAUUGCGACGCCGAUGCUUUUGAGGUGCUUUUGACCGCCGACGACGUCUCGGUGGCCUUUGCGUGGACGGCCCACACCUGCAGCCGCGAUGGCUUUGUGCGCCCGGCGGUCGACGGCUUCCGCGGGCAUCUCACGAGCGUGCGCGGGCUCAGCAAGCUGCGGCCGUCGGACAUUCUCUUGUCGGUUAGCGGUAUGCCCACGGCGCACAUGACGUUUGAAGCGGCGAUGGACCUCGUGGCGUCGGCGCCCCGGCCCGUCGUCCUGCGCUUCCUCCCCGGGCCGCGGCCGUCGCAGGCGCGGUCCCCGCGCGACUACAUCAAGUGGUUCUUCCACACCAACGUGGUGACGGUGACGUGGGACGACGACGUCCUUGGCGCGGAGCUCAAGCGUGUGCGCUACUCGGAGUGCCUCCGCGUGGCCAAGCUCCAUGGAAGCGGCUGCCUCGCCGCCUACAACAUGCACGUGGCGUCGCCCGAGGCGCGCGUCGACGUCGGCGACAUCCUCGUUCGCAUCGACGACGCGCCGCAGACGUUUGACUCGGCGCUGCGACUUCUCCAGGAGCAGCAAGCGCGCAUGAUCAAGACGCCGCUGCGCUUGACGUUCGAGCGGCCGUCGCCGUACGUCUGCGGCGUCAACGCGCUCUCGCGGACGAUGGACCGCGCACUCGAGUGGGCCGAGGCCGACGACAUUGUGUGGCGCCUCAUUGCAGGCGUCGUGCUCUUCUACUGCAUCUACUACCUCGACGAGCUCCUCUUCGCACCCUUUGCCUAGUCGAGAGAAGCGAUUGUCUGUCAAUGAUGAGGACUUAUUUAC